AUGGUCGAAAAGUAUGUUGCUGAUUACAUCCGCGACACCGACCAAGCCGCACAAGACGGGAAACAGUCGUCGCUUCUGACACAAGCUCUGGAGGGGAGACAUUUGAGGGCCGCGACGGUACUCAUCGACAAGGGCGCCGAUCUGCACGUGCGGAACAGAGAAGGCGAAACGCCAUUGCUCUCUCUGGCGCGUGUCAUACCCGCAUAUGCGAGCGAAGCAUACAACACUCGAUACCUCGACCUGGCCGACCGGAUGGUGAUUCAAGGCUGUGAUGUCAGCAUGACCGAUCUGAAAGGGCACAAUCUCUGCCACAAAGCAGCCACGCAGGGUAAUGCCAAAAUGAUGGACUGGGCCCUGAAGAAAGGCGUAGCGCCCACCAGCCGCACUGUCCAUGCAAGGACACCUCUCGCCCUUGCAGUUGAGACAGGUUCAGCGGACUGUGUACGGACGAUCCUAGACUUCCUCAGGACCGACGACAGCGCCGGCGCCACAACCUUGUCCACGGGCCUAGGCCGUGUCGUCGAUCUCAUGGACUAUGGGAAAAUGCGAACCUCGCCGCUCCUCAGAGCCUCUGUUGACCGUCCCGAACGCAAGCUAUCCAUCCUGGCGCUCCUCGUUGAAGCUGACGAAAGAGCAUUCUCCGCGCUAGACCCGAGCCUCCAGCGUGACGUGGAAGGUCUCCGUGCUUCGCUCUACACAGAGGCUCUCUGCUGGACCAUUGACUGCCGUUUCCCGCACGGUUUCGAGCUCCUCCUGCCACGGAUCUCAACUUUUGCCGCGCUUUGUCGGCGCAGCAUUGACGGCGAAACAGUCCUGCACGGUGCGGUACGCGCCAGUGACGACGACUUUCUGAAGGCGCUUCUGCAGAAGGUUGAGGCUUUGGGGGAGAAAGACAAGAUCACAGAGGUUGUCAACCUUCACGACACGCAGAAAAGGACGCCGCUGUUGCUUGCCGUCGAAGCACGGUCUCUGGAGAAAGUGGCUGCGUUGUUGCGCGCUGGCGCAAGGUCGGACCAGGCCAUGAUUGGCUCGACGACAGAUCCAGCUAUUGCGACGAUACUGAAGAGGUAUUGCGUUGAGCUGUGA